AUGGACAGCGGCUCGUUCACGCACGCCGCGCCCUCGCACGUGGACACGAGCACGGAGUGGGACGACGCGCAGGCGCGGUUAGGGAACGUCAAACCCAAGCCCAAGCCCGCGAAACCGGAAAAGUUUACCGCAUCGUUCGACGACGCUGGCGCUUUGGCGUCGCGACGAAACGACGCCGUCGACGCGUCGACGAGCGAUGGCGAUGACUUUGACGACGACGACGACGACGCGUACGUUCGCGAGUACCGCGCGCGGCGAAUGAAGGAACUCACCGCGGAGGCGACGGCGAAGGCGCACGGCGAAGUGCGCGAGGCGACGCGAGCGACCUUCGUCGCCGAGGUGACGCGACCGAGCGCCGACGCGUACGUCGUCGUCCUCAUGACGCGAGCGGGAUGUCGCGAUUGCGAGAAAAUGGAGCGCGCGUUUGAAAUUUUGGCCGCCAAGUUUCCGCGCACGAAAUUCGUGAAAAUCGCGCACCGCGAGUGCGUUCCGAAUUAUCCCGACCGUCUCGCGCCGACGGUUUUGGUGUAUCGCGACGAGGACGUGGCGAGGACGUACGCCACGCUCGCCCCGUUCGGGGGCGAGCACAUGACUCCCGAGGGCGUGGAGCUCGCGCUGAGAGAGACGAGCGCGGACGUGUGUCCGAGCGCGUCGGACGAGAGCGAGGCGGACGUCGCGCGUCGUCGCGCGGCGUACGUCGCCGGCGUGCUCGAGCGCGCCGUCGACGCGGCGAGACGCGAGGCGAGCGCGGACGCCGUCGACGAUUAG